GGAAAAAAGAGCUUUACGAGCCUGAAGAAAGAUAACGCUUAAUUUUGUACAUUUCAAUGGCUUUGAGAAGAACAUGUAAUGAUAAUGGUGCCACUAUGCUCUGACAAUAAGGAGUUGUAAAAAGACAGCCACCUGUGUGUGGGCUGUACCACCAGUUUUCUAUGGUCAAUCUCCAUGAAGUGUAAAUGGUAUGUGUGUGUGCCUUCAGCUUUGCAUCUUCUCUUCAGAGUGUAGGUGAUAACAGGGAAUUUGUUUCUGUGUAGCUCUCAAGCUUUUUCUUGUGUAGUUGUUUUUCAACUUUUUUUUAGAGGUUAUAAUUUAAAUGAAGAAAUGUAUGUCAGAUAGUACGAGGGCCAUAAACGCAACAACACGGAAACCACGAACCCCAACAGCUACAUACUUUGCUCAUAAUAAUUACUUUACAGUGUAAGGGGAACCAACUUGAUACACCACUGAAGAAGGCAAAACCAACAUCGACGCUACUGUUUGUAUAAUGGCAGCCACCACUAAAACCUUGGAAAAUGUGAAAGCAAACAUCUUAUCAGCUCAUAAAAGCACUACGUUAGCAGAAAAGGUUGACUUCUACAAUUCAUGGGCAGAGAACUAUGAUCAGGACGUGGCUGUUCUGGAGUACCGAGCACCGAGCCUGGCAGCAAACUGCGUCUCCUCCCAUUUCAGCGGGGAUCGUGGGGCAGCUGUAGUGUUAGAUGUGGCCUGUGGUACUGGACUGGUGGCCAAACAGAUGAACAGGCUUGGAUUCGGACACUUUGUUGGUAUUGAUGGAAGUGAGGCUAUGUUGGAGUUGGCCAAAGAGAGCGGGUUGUACCAGGACCUGAAGCAGUGCAUGCUGGGAGAGGGGUCACUACCUGUCCAGUGCGGUUUGUUUGAUGUGGUUGUGAUUGUCGGUGCUCUGAGUGCUGGUCAGGUCCCGGUUGGUGUUGUCAGAGAGUUGUACAAGUCUACCAAACCAGGUGGUUACGUUUGCAUGACUACCAGAAGAAACCAGGACAAUGUGGAAUACAAAGCGGCCCUGGAGCGAGAGCUGAAGCAGAUGGAGGCCGAUGGUCUCUGGAUGUGUGUGGAGGUCUCUGAGGUGGAAGACUGGGAGCGAGCUGUGUCAGAGCAUGAGGACGGAUACAUAGCUGGUGUGGUGUAUCUCUAUAAGAGCCUACAACAAUAGUACUAAAGGCAGAUGUACAAAACACCUCAAGAAGGUAAAACGUGUUCAAAAAACUCUUUGUAUACACUUAAAAAAGAAAGUUUGGGAAGCUUUAUUUGCAGGAGUUCAUUUAAGAUAUGAAAUGUUAAUGACUUAAUAUCCAUGCUACAUGUAGCAGUAAAAUGGAUAUGCCUUAAAUAUGUGAAGUACAUGCAGUAGAGAUUAAUUGCAUAAACAUGAGAACUGUGUGUGCAAAAAGAAGGUGUAUUAUUUGUAACUUUGUGUUAUUAAUAUUAUUUUUGUACCAUUAGUAUCAAAAUGUAAAUUGUGGAAGAUCAUUUUCACGUGUUAAACUAUAAUUAAAAGGUACUUUGAAUGUCUUGUGGUUUUAAAUGUCUUGAUCUUGAAGUCUUGUUUAAGUAAAUGUAUAUCUCAAGGAGGCCUACAUGAUGAAAAAAUGAUCACAUUAAUAUAAAUGAUGAAACAUUCACAAUGUGACUCACUCAAAUGCUCUAAGACAGGGGUGUCCAAACUACGGCCCGCAGGCCAUUUUGAAUCGGCCCUCAGCAAAUUCUGAAAGUAUAAUGGAAUAUGGCCCACAAAUUAAACUUUUGCUUGUCUUAUAUUGUACUUCUCAAACAUAUAUGUUAACAUAUAUUAAUGAGCCCAAUUUCAAAUAAAUUCAGUCAUUUAAAAUGUAAAACAUUUUUUAACAAAUCUUAGUUGAUAAAAA